AUGUUCAAAAGAAAUAUUGUACAGUCGACAGUUUAUACAACAGACGAGAAGUUCGAAAUCCUGGAGCAAUUAGCCUGCGUCGUAAACGCCUCACUGAAUUCCUCGAAUGUUCAAGUCUCACCAAACAUGAUAGAGAAACCUCCGUCAGCACGGAAAGCUGGCAAACGAAGCUAUUUGGUGCUGCAGAUGGAGAAAAAUAUGGCGGAGAGUUUGAAUCCAAGGCAGAAUAGACGAAUGACGCUCAAAGGGGACUUCAAACACAUCUUCAAUCUGAUCUCACCAAAAGGCCAGUCGAAACUCGUCCGGGCAAAUUGCCACUCCCCAAACGUCAUGCGAACUCUUACAUAUACAGACUUCCUCAAGUUUGACCUGGACAAGAAUGAUUUACGGGUUGUCUUCUCCCUCAGCAUACAGGAAAAACGGAAGAAAGAAGAAGAAAAGUCAAUUGAUUCGACCAAGGCAGGGACGAGCUCGAGUUAUGAAGAUUCUAGCGUUUCGCUUCCGAGGACAAUCAUUAAGGCUUUGCCGAUUAAAUCUAAGGUGACUUUGAAAGCUCUUUCAAAAUUCGGCCUGGGCCAACCAAUCGACUUGUAUCUCAAAGCAAAGCCAGAAGAGCUCCAAAAGAUUUUCAAGCGAUUCCCUUCUAUACCAAAACACGAUCGUCAGAAUAUUUUUGCCGGGAUAAGUCUGGCUCAGUAUUUGAGAAAAAUGAAGUAA